AUAUUCCUGCAGCUUGGCGUAUCUACAUGAGGGUCUUGAACCGAAAGUCGUUCAUCGAGACAUAAAAUCUAGUAAUAUUUUGCUUGAUCGUCAAUGGAAUGCUAAGGUAUCAGAUUUCGGACUUGCUAAGCUGUUGUUCUCUGAGAGCAGUUACGUGACAACCCGUGUAAUGGGGACUUUUGGAUAUGUUGCACCUGAGUAUGCUUGCACGGGAAUGCUGACAGAAAAGAGUGAUAUCUAUAGUUUUGGGAUAUUAAUCAUGGAGAUUAUAACCGGAAGAAACCCUGUCGAUUAUAGUAGACCUCAAGGAGAGGUGAAUUUGGUUGAGUGGCUGAAAACAAUGGUUGGAAACCGAAGGUCUGAGGAAGUAGUCGAUCCAAAAAUACCCGAACCACCAACUUCAAAAGCUCUUAAACGUGUGUUGCUCGUCGCGCUGCGGUGUGUGGAUCCGGACGCGAAUAAGAGACCUAAAAUGGGUCAUAUUAUACACAUGCUUGAAGCUGAAGAUUUGUUCUAUCGUGACCAGGAACGACGAGCCACGAGGGAGCAUGCAAGCCGCGAUUAUAACCAGCCACAGACUGAAGUUUCUGCGGCUGCAGCUGAGACGAGCGAAAGUGACAGUUCAAAAGACCGAAGAUAAAGGAUGCUUAUCCCUCACAUCGCCAACGCAUACAUACGGUUAAACGCACCGAACCAAAGAAAAACGCAAUGAAAGAAAAAGAAAAAAAAAAGAAGCUAGCUUUAAUAAUUUUGUCAACGCAUAAUAAUUAUGGUUUGGUUAUCUAUGAUGUGUGGACUGUGGACCAACCUAGAUGUUAUGUUCAACAUAAGAUGAUCGGAGUUAUAUUCACACUCACA